AUGGCUCUCAAGCUUCAUGCGAGCGUUGUCUUAAGGCUAAAAGUCGGUGUGACCACCAACAACCGGUCUGUACUCCCUGUCGGCGUCGGGGUCUCGAGUCCCAAUGCUGGAGGCCUGAACGUUUGGCGCAGGUUCAGCGACCUCGUAACAGACCUUUACGCCGUAGGUCUGCAUCGUGAGGUGCUCCGCUGUUUUGCGACUUCGCCAGCAGUAUUGGGGCAGGCGAGGAGCAGACUGUCACCCGAGUACCGAUGGGGAAUGGGAAUAUUGACUCGAUGUAACGAAGCCUGGAGCUCUCUUCCUACUCAUCACAAAUACCACAAAGACUAUUCGAAUUCAAACUUACCAUCCACAGUACGUCUUAUGCUUGGCAAGGUGUAUCUAGCAUAUCUUCACAUCAUUUUCCAACUUCGUCGGCUCCCCGGACAAGGCAGAAUGUCCUAUGAACUGGAGUUGAUGGAAAUCUCGAAGAACAUACUUGCGAAUGCUCAGAUCAGGUUCUUCCGCUACCCUCACAGCAUCCCCACAGUCUGCUGCCAUCCUAACAUCGGCGCUGCUAGAUAUUACGCGAAACCCACCAAGGACUCUCCCGCCGGGAAUAAACGGUCCCCUCUUGACCAGAAAUAUCUCCGUGCUAGUAUCUCAGGGAUGGGUGAUUUUGAUAGUAUCGGUUUUGGCGAUUUUAAUAAUCUGGAUUUCGAGACUUGGGUGAUGGAUAUAAACCUAAAUAGAUACGAUCAACAGCGAAUGGAAUAUUUAACGGAUUCCCUGCUCUAA